CGUAAAUUAGCGCUCGUAUGAUUCGUGGCGGUUUUAUGUUCAAAACUUGAGUAACCUCAAAUCUAGUUGCAUGUAUUACGAACUAAUAUUAAUAUACAAUGUCAAGUUUAAAUACUAUUACUUUUGCACAUGUUAAAAAGUUAGCGCACAGUAUUGAUGAGAUUAGAGCAAGAGCAUUAGAAAAUAUUAUUUCUAAGUUAGAUCUUGGCUUUGGAUGUGAUUCUGAUGCUGUUAAAAAAGAAUUGAUUGUCAAACUAUUUCAUUGGUUUUCUUUUGACAACAUACCUCAUCCUCGAGAAGCUUUAGACUUGUUACAUAGAUUGAUAAAGGGUGGAAAUAACAAUUACUUAAAUGCAUUUGGCAGAUCACGCUUUCGAAACGAGUUAGAUCAAUUGAAAAGAAAACUUGACGAUUCAUGGCACGAUAAGAUUCAUCAAAUAGAACAAACUAUUCUUAAUCCAGAUCAAGAAGAAUCUGUCAGUGACAGAUGUAAUUAUGAGACGUUAGAUCCUUCAAGAAUACCAUUGAAACAAUCAGAGUAUGUUACAAGAGUUCAUAAUUACGAUAAGUAUGGAAGUAGAGAUUUUAACGCAGACACAAUUAAUGCUUCCAAUAAUAUUGGUACUUUUAUAUCUCCAUUGGACAGUACAUUGCCCGUGGAUCUUACUGUUCAACAAGACAAUGGUACACUUGUAUCCAAGACAGUGGAGGGUGGAAUAAAAUGGUUAGUAAUGCCAUGGCAACCAUUAGUCACAUCAGAUAAGGGUGUAUUAGGAGCAGUGGAGGAAGCUUUAAAUAACACGGCAGAUACUAAUCUAAUAUUACAUACAUGUCAGUUUAUAACUAAUGUCAUGUUACAAGAUUUUCCAGCCGAAGUUUUCCUUCAAAGGCCAGCAAUAGUAUCUGUGUUACAUGCUCUACUCGAUACAAGCAUAAAUAUCAUGGAGCCUGAUAUUAAAUAUAUUAUACCGGCUGUAUUGAAAACAUUGCACAAAUUAACAAGGUGUCUACGAUUUAGAAUUUAUUAUUAUUAUGAUCCUUGCGUGGCUAAUAAAAAGCAAAAGUUACUUACAGAAAAAUUAGAUAGUAAUAGUUAUUAUUUAUCGGAAGCUAGGGAUAGUCCUGAUGGAGGAAUACCAGAAGCUAAUUAUCAAGCAUAUCAAUCUGCUGCUACAAGUGACAGAAGUGAAAGUAUCAUGGAUAACGUAGAUGAAUCCGUAUUACGGUUACAACAAAUGCUUAUUCCUACCUAUUGUAUCGAAACACUAAAACACGUUAUUUCACAAUUGAAUAUUCCUAACGAUUCAACAUUCCCAUUAAAAAAUAAUAAAUACAUAGUUGACUUGAUUCACGAAUUAAUGCAAUUAUUAUUAAUCACAGUCAUGCCAAAUAUAUGGAUAUGCAACGAUAGUAUGGCAAAAAAGAUGAGUGACGAAUUGAAAAUGUUGUUAACAUUACUAGGAGAUUCUUUGGAAUAUUUUGGAAGUUACAGUAGUAUAGAUUAUCAUAGGAUCACGUAUCUUCAUCUUCUUUGUAUUACAGUCAACUUAUUAAGUAAUAUUGUACCAUUUGAAGUAGCCAAUAUUAUUUUAACUAAGUCGAUAAGAAAUGCAAUGUCUAUUGCAUUAAUGGAUGCUUCCAUAUAUUUGAUGUAUCCAAAAUUACACACUGCUCUUCAAAUAUACAUUCAGCAUUUAGAAGAUUCAAACGAAUUAGCGAUAAUCAAAGUCUUCGAUGAAACUCGAGUUAUCAUCAAAUCGAUGCAAGCAGCUAUUUGUUCGAUAAAAGAUUCCUCUAGAGGAUCAUAUUCCGAUACGUUAAAAACAUUAUACGCAUCUAAACUAAGUUUGCCUUAUCAUAAAAAUAUGAGCAUAGUUAAAAAGGCUAUUAAAUUUCUACAAAAUAUUAACAGAUAUUCCGUCAGCAAAGAAGAUCAUCUAACAUGCACGAAAUUAAUAUUAAAUUUAUUAGCAAAUGGAGAUACAGAUAUUCAAGAAACUGCAUACAAGGAGUGCCAUAAUUUAGUUAAAAGUAUUUUAGGAAUAGAAUAUAAUAAAGAAAAACUUACUUGGGAAAACUUGAUCUUCAUUUUGGAACCAAGUGUUUUAACAGAGAUCAUUUGCUACGGUUUAUCCAAUGAAAAUAAAAAAAUUAGAGAAAUGUCUGACGAGAUAAUAAUUUAUAUAUUGAAAGGAAAAGUGCAAGCGGAUGAGACAGGAUGGUUAAAAAUAUUAGAAACAAUUAUACCAGUAUUACCACUUCUUCAAUGUUACGCGCAUUCAUCUACAGUUAUUGGAAGAUGUAUUACAAAAAUGCUUGAUCCUGAUAUUUUUAAUAGUAUACACUUACCAUACCUCGAAGUUUUAAAAGGUAAUUUAAGACUGUUGUAUUCAGUUGAAUAUGAUGUUAGAGAAGAAGCUUCUUGCAGAUUGAUUUGGUUACUCGGCAAAGAAAAAGAUUCUAUGAAAAAAUUACCAAGAUUAUCUUCGUUGCAUGGUCUACCUCUCAGUUCUCUUUGCAUAUUCGAACGUCCAUCUGUUUUCAAACGCCUAGAAGGAAAUUAUCAGAGAAGCAGUUUAUUAUCAGUGCUAGAAAUGUUAAGAGAUUCCGAUGUUGAUCCUAAAAUGCGUAAAUCUGCAUUAGUGCAAAUCAAUGUUAUGCUUACAGACAUCUCCCUGCAUAAAUUAUUCGUAAAUGAAAAUGGAUUAUCGUUAAUCUUAUAUGCAUUCAACAGUGCUUUGGUAGAAAAUGAUUAUAAAAAUUAUCCUGAUUCUGUAAUCCCGAUACUUGCGAUAUUAAAAUUAAUUAUUGCGAGCGAAUCGUCAGUGAGAUAUGAAUUAUCCACUAACGUUGACGUUUACAUUAAUAUUAUUCGUAGUAUCUUUUUAUUUCCAAAUAAUGAAUGCGUCAAGGCUGAUGGAUCGUAUAUUUUAUGUUUACUUUUAUACAAUGAUUAUAUUAUUAGAAUGAAUGAAAAACACGUAGAAAGUAAUGUUCAAUUAACAAUAUCAUUGCCUCACAUUAUUGUCAUUAAAAUGAGAUUACCAUUAAUUUGUAAAUCUCAUUGGAAGAUCAGUAUACAUAGAAGAUCAGAAAUAUCAGUUCUCCAUGGAAGCAAUCAAACGAUACUAACAUUUGUACGACAAUAUUGGGCAUGGGAAUGGAACGGUGGAUGGAAAAUGUUAUGGAAAAAUUACGACGACGUUAAUGAUUCUGAAUUACCAGAAAAAUUGAGAAUACAAGAUUACGAAUUCUUUAUUUUUCAAUACAGUUGUUCAUAUUUUUAUUGUCAAAAACAAUUAUACAAUAUACAAAAUUCUACGACUCAUGAUGGGGUUUUAAAUGCUUUGGAUUAUCUCAUAAUGUAUUUAAAAUUUUACAACAUGUUGAGAUACGAAGAAAUUAAGGAUAUUCAUUCUUUGCCAUGGGAACAAACGUUCGAAAGAUUUUUAUCGUCGCAUCCGUCGAGUAAAGAAGAUUGUGAUCUAUUCGUUAAUAUUAUUAAUUUUCUACAAUUAUUUAUCGGCACGACAAAAGGUAAAAGUUCAUGGAUCAGUAAGAUGAUAAAAAAUAUGACAAAAUCAUGGGCAGAUUUAUUUCAAAAUUUGGAGAUGGAUAAUCAAGAUGUACAUCAAUCAAUUUUGAAAUUAGCACGCACUUGUGCAGCCAUUGAAAGAAACGAAAAAUCAGACAUUAAUCCGAUGCAUACGUGGAUUCAUUUUAUCGAAUUAGUUGUUUCUACUCUAUGUUUUGGCAAUCAACAACAUUUUUACAAUCUUGCAUACUUGGAUUGGCUGUUGACAUGUUUAACAUAUUUAAUAAAUCAAUGCGAUUGGAGCAAUCAUAAAAAUUUAUUAGCAUCCUUAGGAAACACACUAAUCGAAAUGAUUAUAUCUUUUCAUGGUGCUGGUACAGUCAGUUUCAUGGGUUUAUCUAUAACCCGGAAUUCUAUCAUUUGUCUCAAUCAUUUACUCUAUCAAAUGCACGCAAAUUUUAAUAAAAAUACGUGGAUAGCAUUUUGGUACGAAGAUAGCAGAUCUCUGAGUUGGUUGCCAAUGCUUUGGCAAAACCGAGAUCCUUUGGUACGUGCAUCAGCAUUGCAACUUUUAUCAGGAUUAUUAAACGAAAUGAAUUCAGCGUCUCAAAUUUCUAAUGCUAUUGCUGUUGCACCUAACGAAUUAUGUUACACGUUAUUGCAAUAUAUUAUAAUCAGAGAAGAAUCUUGUAUCGUUCGAGAACAAGCGUGUAUCGCGUUCAGCAACUUAAUUAAAAAUUACAACUCCAUGUCUUUUCAACACGUGGAUUCGUUAAAAACAAAUAUCAUAUUAAUAUACACAGAACAAGUGAAUUUUUAUUACGAGAUGAGCAUAUUGUAUUCCAACAUUUACGUUCUACCAUCGUUAGAUUUUGAUUUGUUAAAUAAUCAACAACAAAAAGAUGAUAAAGUACCAUCCAUACAAGCUGCAACAUCAGGAAACAUUUCGUUAGUACCACGAACUGUUUCAUAUUUAUACAAUUGUCAGAAUGAACUGUUACCAUUUUCCACGGUGGACUCUGAAAGUGUGGAUAUGGAUAAUUAUUUGCAAUCUAUUGCAACUCCUGCUUUAGUAACAGCAAGUUGUACCCUUUUAAAUAAUUUAAUACUUAUCGGCCAGCAGGAAGUUGUACGUCACGUUUACGAACAAUCAUUGGAUAAAUAUCUUAUUGGAAAUUUAAGAGAAAUUCCACAAAAUAUUGAUACUAAAAAAGAUGUUAUACACUAUUGCGAGAUUUUAGAAAUGUAUACCAGCAUUUGUGUGGUCUUAUCGAAUUGCAUCGUGCAUAGCAAUGAAUUUGCUGCAGUUGCCAGUUUUACUUCGGAUUGUAUUUAUUCUUUAUUUAAUCUUCUUCAUAACGAUUUGUACAAUAUUCAUAUGUCACGUUUGAUUUCUUUGUACAACAAAUUAAAAGCAGAGAUAUACAAUUUUUUAUCAGUACUAUCGUUAACAGAUGAUCAACACUUUGAAUCUAUUCAAACAGCUUUGGAAUUACAUGGUCCGGAUAAAGCACUGACUUCUAUUUGCACAGCAAUAAAAGAUUCUGAUACAGAAUUACGAAUGAGUGCUAUCGCAUGUCUUACCUUUCUUCUUACUCAAGAAAUUCAGAAAGAAACUUUAGGAAAGAAUAAUAUUUCGAUAAAGAUGAUCUUAGAUAAUAUUAUAUAUAUUCCAAGAAAUAAUCAAAGUAACAAAUUACAAGAAGUUAUAUCCAAUGUUAACAAGCUUUCAAUAAGAAGUAUAAAUUUGCAUUCUAAAAAAACAAAUAGAAAUGACGAAACCGAGGAUUACACCGUUAACUCGGAUAAUAUUCAAAUGAAAUCAGACAACGAGCAUCAGUGUACGAUUGGUGCUGAAUUAUGUAAAGUUUUAUUAGCUCUUUUUAUUGCUCAUAAUUAUACGAGAUCAAAAAAAAAUCGUAAACAUAUAGAAAAUAGAGAUCUCAUUGUCAGUUCUCUGGCUAAUUUAUUAUGCGUUUCUGUGGAAGCUAAAAAAGUUGCAUUGAAAGAGAACUUAUCGGAGACUGCGUUGAUGAUACUCAAAGAAUUGUAUGUCAAAUUAAAUCUACAACCGUUUGAACUUUACAAGAAUCAAGUUGAGCGUGAAAAAAAGAUUAAUCCUCUGUUCAGUGAUAUAAACAAUAUUCUCAUAUUAUUAAUGAAUUUUAUGCAUGAAAAUUUACAAGUUAAAGAAACACUUACCAAAGAUGGCUUAGCUGAUGUGUUGCAUAAAUUGUGGGCUUGGAUAGCUUUAAAUAAAAAUAUUUCAUCUUGUGCUUUAAAAUUAUUGGCAACGUUUACCACUAAAUGUUCCGCUGCAUCGCAAUCUUUGACUUUAACUACAGUAUUGCCAGGAGCAGGAUUGAGAAAAACACCUAAUACGAUUGCUAUAAUACAUAUAAUUAUACAAUUAAUUUGUAAAGAGAUCGAUAAAGCUGGACACCUUUUUGAUAACAAUAAAUUGCAUUUUGCAUUUCAUGUAUUACGAAAUGCUGUUCACGUGCACGAAUGCAGAGUUUCUAUUUCAAAAAGUAAUUUAUUACAGUUUUUUACGAAGAUUCAUCCCGUUACCACAAAAAGAGUAAAACCUUGGCCCUUGGUAGAACUCUAUUGUUUAGAAUUUCUAAUCGAUUUUACAUAUUACGAGGAAGGACAAAUUUGUGUACCUAAAGCUGUAGAUAGUUUAGAUGCUUUGAUACAUUUAGCAAAAUGUUCAUCAUCGCCAACAAAAAUUUUAGCUAUUUCUAUUCUACGUAAUUUAGCAUUUAAUAUGACAAAUAGGCCAAGAAUUCUUAGCUCAGUGGAUAUAAUCAAUCUUCUUCACGACGUUUUUAAAAAUGGAUCAUUAUGUGAGAUCAGAAUAGCGGGAUCAAUGUUAUGGUCGUUAAUAUGUAACAAUCAAAAAGGAAAAUUAAUAGCACGAACUGCUGGAUUUUCACAAAGUAUACAAGAAGCGUUAGGUAGAUUAACGUUAUUAACAACAAAUAACGUGGAACAAGAGCAAGAUGUUGUUAAAAUAUUGGAAUAUGUGAUACGUUUAAUAAGUCCUAUCGAGAAUAAGUCUGAUUAAUUAAAUAAUAAGAAUUUCUCACAACUAAU